AUUUUUCAUUGUUCUUUUUUUGUUGUAAAACGUUGUGUAAAGAGGAUAAACAGUUAUAAAAAUGUGUUAAAAUAUAAUUAAACAUAAAUUAGACGAAUUAGUAAUUAUUUGUUUUUAACUAUGCACGUGUUUGGCAUAUUUUUUUAUUCAGUAUUAGAAGUGAUAGUGAAUUUACAUUAUACAAUUUGAUAUUGUUUGUCAUCAGAUUGUCAGUUUUUAUGAAUGAGUGAAUGCCACGUAGUCGGCCUUUUAUAUAAAUCGAGUAUUUUAAUUGUUUAGAAGCAAAAACAAUGUUGUUUAACAUUAUAUUUGUUUAUUUAUUACCCAUCGUUUUUGUUUCUUUAAUAUUGUUUUGCCUUGUACUUUAUUUAACAACUCAACCAUAUCCCAAUAUAUGGCGAUAUGCUGAAGAAAAAUUCUAUUUUAAUCCUGCCUCUGGAGAGAGAGAAGCUUUUCCUUCUUUGAAUGAUGACUGGAGUGUACAUAUUAGUGUAAUUGUUCCUGCCUAUAACGAAGAGGAACGAUUGCCUCCGAUGCUUGAUGAGUGUGUAGAGUAUUUAGAGAAUCGUAAAAAGUCUGGAUUGACGUAUGAAAUAAUUGUUGUAAGCGAUGGCAGUGUUGAUAAAACUGUUGAAAUUGCUCACAAUUAUUCCAAAAAAUAUAAGAAUAUAAGAGUUUUAAAGUUAAUUAAAAAUAGAGGAAAAGGAGGAGCCGUUAGACUGGGAAUCCAAAGUGCUAGGGGAUGUGUUCUAUUAUUCGCCGAUGCAGAUGGUGCAACGAAAUUCGUUGAUUUGGAUAAAUUAGAAAAAAGUUUAAAUGAUAUAUUAGGAGUUGACUAUACGAAAGACCCAGACAAAGUUGCCACUCAGGAAGCAUUGAUUUGUGGAUCGCGAGCACAUUUAGAGGAACAAGAAAUAGCAAAGCGAUCAUUCUUCCGUCUCUUUUUGAUGUAUGGCUUUCAUUUUCUCGUUUGGUUUUUCUGCGUGAAGGAAAUACGCGAUACACAAUGUGGAUUUAAACUCAUGACAAGGAAAAGUGCGAGGACAAUUUUUGAUGUUUUACACGUGGAACGAUGGGCUUUUGAUGUUGAAAUGCUGUACAUUGCUCAGACUUUGAAAAUUCCCAUCACUGAGAUUGCAGUUAAUUGGACUGAAAUUGAGGGUUCAAAAUUGGUGCCAUUCUGGAGUUGGUUACAAAUGGGACGUGAUUUAGGUCUCAUUUGGUUGAGAUACAAAAUUGGAGCGUGGAAAUUAAGUAAGCCGAAAACAAAUUAAAUUUGUUGAAUUUAUAUAUUUAGAUAUAAUUUUUAUUUCUUUGGCGAAAUUCUUAUUUCUCCAGUGACUGUAAAAUAAUUCAUCUUGCAUUUAAUAUGAAAUGCACAUUAUUGUAUAUUUGAUUUUAAUUUUAUGAAGGAAAAAAUGUGGAGAGUGCUUUUCUGUGAGUACCGAAUGUAGUGAAUUAAAUUCACUAAAUUAAAUCUAGUAUUCAAAAAAAUAUUUUUUGAAUAGUUUCGAUUGUUAUGAAAGGCAACUUUUUAAAUUAAUUUCGAAAAGUAUGAAAGUCGAUUUAUUGCGCACAUUUGAAAUAAAAAAUUUUGAUUGGAAAGAAAAAA